AGAGAGAGAGAGAGAGAUUGUGGAGACAUCUCUAUCUAUCUAUCUACUACUACACAUGACAUGAUCUCUUGUAAGAAUCGCAUUCCCUCUUCUUCUUCUUCUUCUUCAUCUCACAGAUCUCUUCUCUUAUCUUCCUCUCAUUCCCUCCUCUGAUUCUCAAUUUUCCUCUCUCACAAGUCACAAUCUUUUGCUUCAAAACCCUAAAAACCGUGGUUUUUCUAGAGGCUGAUUAGAUCUAUUUCCGAUAUACUUGAUAUUGGUUGAAGUCUAUAAAAAUGGAUAGAGAGAAAUCUCCAGCACCUAGUGGAGGUCUCCCACCUCCAUCACCCGGUCCCAUCAACCACGGAUCAGACGCUAACCGGCUAAACCACGAUAUGAGCCGUAUGCUCGAACACCCACCUAAGAAGAUUGGUCACCGUCGAGCUCAUUCCGAGAUCCUCACGCUCCCUGAUGAUCUGAGCUUCGAUAGUGAUCUCGGUGUGGUUGGUGGUGGUGCUAAUAAUGCUGCUGAUGGAGCUUCUUUCUCUGACGACACUGAAGAAGACUUGCUCUCUAUGUAUCUUGAUAUGGAUAAGUUCAAUUCUUCUACUGCUACUUCUUCUUCGGCGGGUCAAGUGGGUGAGCCAUCUUGGAAAAAUGAGUCUGUGAUGAUGAUGCAUCAUACAGGGUCAACAAGUUCUAAUCCUCAGAAUAGUUUUGGGGAAAGGCCGACGAGAGUGAGGCACCAGCACAGUCACUCUAUGGAUGGAUCGUUGAACAUGAGUGAGAUGCUUGUGUCUGGAGAUGGCGAUGAUUCUGUGGUUGAUGCUAAGAAGUCCAUGUCUGCUGCUAAACUUGCUGAGCUUGCUCUCAUCGAUCCUAAACGUGCUAAGAGGAUAUGGGCAAACAGGCAGUCCGCGGCGAGGUCAAAAGAAAGGAAGACGAGAUACAUAUUUGAGCUUGAGAGAAAAGUACAGACUUUGCAGACAGAAGCUACAACUCUCUCAGCCCAGUUGACUCUCUUACAGAGAGACACGAAUGGCUUGACAGUUGAAAACAAUGAGCUGAAACUGCGGUUGCAAACGAUGGAGCAGCAAGUUCACUUGCAGGAUGAAUUAAACGAAGCACUUAAGGAGGAAAUCCAGCAUCUGAAGGUGUUGACAGGCCAGGGUGCGUCGUCAAACGGAGCAUCAGCGAUGAACUAUGGGUCGUUUGGAUCAAACCAGCAGUUCUAUUCCAACAAUCAGUCAAUGCAGACAAUCUUAGCCGCACAACAGCUCCAGCAGUUGCAGCUUCAUUCACAGAAACAACAACAGCAUCAACAUCAACAACAACAACAACAGCAGCAGUUUCAGUUUCAACAGCAACAGAUACAACAGCUUAUGCAUCACCGUCUUCGACAGCAGGAACAACAAAAUGGAACUGCGGAGGUGAGAAAACAGAAGCCAUUCCAUGGCCAGGAUGAGAGCUGAUGAACACGAAUACAAAUAUUAUGUAAUGAGAGAGAGGGUACUGGCGUUGUUGUGUACUAAGCAGUACAUCACUGUUCAAUACAUUUGAAUAGCCCAAAGAAAACAUUCCGAGUUGUUUAGAUUUUGUUAUUGAGACUGUGUCUCCUGUCUUAGUACACAUAUUCAAAUUGCUAAUUUGUUGUUAUAAAUCAUAAAAACAUAACCGUUAUUGCCAACACUAUGCUUGAUGCAUAUUUAAAAUA